CCAGGUUAUGACCUCUGACAUGAGGUUGGAAUGCAGUACUUGACACUCCAGCCCUUACAAGAGCGGAAGCAUCAACAAUAUUAUGUCUUUGUCGGCGUCCAAACCUCCCUCAUUACAAGUAUGGCUGACUGACCGCGCUUUUCUAUUUCGGAGGAAACAUUUGACCUUCCUUGACGGAGACUCCCAUCCCAGCGGCCACACUCACCUCAUCACCCGGCCCGGAGCUCCUGCUCGCCCGCCCCCCAGACACAGCAGAGACGGAGGCCGGCCUAACGCCAUAUCGCCACUGUGGUUCUAGUAGCCUCGUCCCGGCGCUGCUGACUAUCCACCUCUGGCAUUGCCGCCACAGUGGGGCCGCCAUCUUUGCCCGGUCGCGUGUGGCAGCGGGACCCGGAAGAGGAAGUUAGCUAGUGACGUAGUUUCGUAACUUUCGUCCGUCUCGAAAAUUAUGUGAGAUAAACCUGUUUGCCUUAUGUGGACUAGCCACAAAUUUUAUAAAAUGUUUUGUUAAACGUGCCAAUUUCCCCUAAAAUUACCGCAUUGUAUUUAGACCGCGACGCCAGUGAGGAGGGUUAGCUAGCAGCUAACUAUUGCUAACAGCUAAUUGUAGCAUAACCCUACUUGUUAUUCACAGUUAAGCGUAAUAAUAUCAAUGCCAGAGACAAAUGAACUUAUGUUCUCUUAUGACUUCAAAUAUCUACAUUGACAAGCAGUGGACUGGAAUUGUGGCGUCUUGGUGAAGUACCACUUUUCGCUGUGGUGACAGCAACUAUUGCUAACAGCUAAUUGCAGCAUACCGUAUUUCCUUGAAUUGCCGCCCGGGCGCUAAUUAAUUUGAAACCUGUUCUCAUUACUGCGCCUAUCAAAGGCAUGCAGUAAAAGUAAGCAUGCGCUAAUUGUUAAAAACUCGUCUUCUCACUCUGACACUUACCAAAGGCAUGCAGUAAAAAUUUGAGUGUGAUGUAAGCUUGGACCUUAAAUCUUACUGAAUAGCUCUUAAUCUUCUUCCCUUUUUGCGAUUUCAAAUUACCGGUAUUGAAAUCAGCCGCCUCCAUUUUGAAAUUGAUGACAGGGGAAGUGUCACUCGUGACGUCACAAGUUUGACCAGGCGGUAAUACUAAGCAUGCGCUGAUUAUUUUUGCAAAGCGAGUUUCACCCGGCAGUAAUUCAAGGCAGGCGCAUACUAUAUGCUCUGCGGCAAUUCAAGGAAAUACGGUAACUAUUUGUUAUCCACAGUCAAGCGUAAUAAUAUCAAUGCCGGAGACAAAUUAAUGUAUAUUCUCUUAUGACUUCAGUUAUCUGCAUUGAUAAGCAGUGGACUGGAAAUGUGGCAUCUUGGUGAAGUACCACUUUUCGCUGUGGUGACAGCAACUAUCGUGACCAUAGUCCACAUGCAAGACUUUUGCCAAAAAGCAGAUUUUGAGUGUCAAAGCCAGGACUUGUCUGCGUCAGCCCAGCAGCCACUAUCACAAAGCGUUAAUUCCAGGUGGAAUGCAAGUGUUUUGAACCUCAUACAGAACCUGGACCACUUCAGAGUCUCAAAUGAGAAGCUCAUGGGGGCUUUUCCUAUUGAUGAAAUGCAGGGGAAUUCAGUCCGCACUGUGAAGAACUGCAUCUUCUCUGAAUCCAUUCCGACUCCCCUGAAAGGCCCAUUAAGAUUGGUUGCGGUUUCAAAGGAUGUCAUAGAAGGACUCCUAGAUUUGGACAUGGCUACGACCCAGUCAGAGACGUUUCUACAAUAUGUCAGUGGAGGAAGACGUCUACCAGAGUCUCAGCCUCUGACACAUCGAUAUGGAGGCCAUCAGUUUGGGUAUUGGGCAGGUCAGCUAGGAGACGGACGAGCACACCUCCUUGGUCAGUAUACCAACAGGAAAGGAGACACAUGGGAACUGCAGCUGAAAGGUUCUGGAAAGACACCGUAUUCGAGGUCAGGAGACGGCCGAGCGGUGGUUCGCUCAUCGCUUAGAGAGUUUCUUGGCAGCGAGGCCAUGCACUUUCUUGGUGUGCCUACCAGCAGAGCUGCCUGUUUAGUUGUCAGUGAAGAGCCAGUGUUGAGGGAUCAAUUCUAUGACGGCAACGUGAAAACAGAGAGAGGAGCUGUCGUACUGCGCUUAGCCAAGUCCUGGUUCCGGAUUGGCUCGUUGGAGAUUUUGUCUCAAAGCAAAGAGCUUGAUCUUCUCAGAUGGUUUGUGGAUUUCAGAAAGCUGCUUAAUUUUGUCAUAGAAGAGCACUUUCCUUCCAUCCAGACAAACGACCCUGAUAAAUAUUUGGCAUUUUAUUCCCGAGUGGUGAAUGACACAGCACAUCUGAUAGCUCAGUGGAUGUCUGUCGGCUUUGCUCACGGUGUGUGCAACACGGACAACUUCAGCCUCCUGUCCAUCACCAUCGACUACGGUCCCUUUGGGUUCAUGGAGUCUUACAACCCCAGUUUUGUCCCCAACACGUCGGACGACGAGGGAAGGUACAGCGUUGGAGAGCAGGCUAGUGUGGGUCUCUUCAACCUGGAGAAGCUGCUGGAUGCUCUGAGGCCGAUUCUCACAGCCGGACAACAAAGAGCGGCGGAGACCGUCUUAAAGGGAUAUGUUGACAUCUACGAGACAAGGAUUCAUCAUUUAUUCAAAGCCAAACUGGGACUCCUCGGUGACGAUGUGGAAGAUGAUUACAUUAUUGCCUUCCUACUUAAGAUGAUGGAGGACACACAGGCUGACUUCACGAUGGUCUUCAGAGAGCUGAGUGAAUUUUCAGCGUUUCAGCUCCACAACCACAACUUUACUCAGGCGUGGGCUCUGGAGGACUUGUCAUCACAUGGACUCUUCCCUGACUGGCUGAGUGUGUACCUACAGCGCCUCCACAGGCAAGUGCAUGACAAUGAUGUGCGUCAAGCGAGAAUGAAAGGUGUGAACCCACGAUAUGUGCUGAGGAACUGGAUGGCACAGUCUGCCAUCAAGAAAGCAGAGAGGAAUGAUUUUUCAGAGGUGGAGCUGCUUCACCGUAUCCUUUCAUCUCCAUUCGCCAUUCAAAGCUCAGCAGAGGCUGCAGGCUAUGCAGCGAGACCUCCUAAGUGGGCACAGACGUUAAAGAUCAGCUGCUCUUCGUGAGUGAUCUCCCCAAAGCACCAACAUGCCAAAUGGAUCUAUGGCUGUGGAGCUGCUGCCCCUGAUCAACAGGACCUGAGGACCACUCUUGCUAUGUGUCCUAUGCUGUGCAUUAAAAGAGACGAGGGGAGCCCCCCUGUCAGAGGAGUUAUCCACGAACAGAAGUUCUCCCACUCGCCUGCCCUGUACUCCAUUAAAAGAGACGAGGGGAACCCCCUGCCAGAGGAGUUAUCCACGAGCAUAUGAUCCCCCACUCGCCUGCCCUGUACUCCAGAUAGUGUACCCAAAUCCCUUUUCUUAGUUUCCAUCAGCACCAAUUCUUUAGUCAGAAUUCAUAUUUGUUUAUACAUUUGCAGAAUAUUAGUAUUACUCAAAUUGCGUAUAGGAUUGUACACACACACCCACACAAAUCAAUGUAUUUCUCUUAUUGAUACUAAUUCAUAUAUUUUAACUAGUUAGCUAAUGUCAUAGAAGUAAUAAUGAUAAUAUCAACAAUGACUACAACAAUAAUAACGAUAAUGAUAACAAUAAUAAUAUGAACAAUAGCAAUGACAAUAAAUGAUGACAAUACAUAUAAAAUAAUAAUAAUAAUGAUGAUGAUAACAACAACAAUAAUAAUAAUAAUCAUUAUAAGCCAGUGAUGGAGUUUAAAACUUAGGCUUCCAUGUUCACAUUCAUAUAAAUUGCCCAUACCAUUUUUUUUGUAUCUUGUUUUGAACUUUUCACAUACUUCUACAAAAAUUGAUCAUUUUUUCACAUCAUAUAGUACCACGUCAAAUUAUGUAACCUCUGACAAGAUGUUCAAAGUAUACACUUGUAUGCAUAUAUAUAUAUAUAUAUAUAUAUAUAUAUAUACACACACACACACACACACUCACACUCACACUCACACUCACACUCACACUCACACUCACACUCACACUCACACUCAUUGGAUGUUAGUCAAGAUAUUUUUGUGCAAUCUUUGUUAUUAUCACUGUUUGAAUUGUUUCUAACAACAAUGUGAGUCAGUAAAGCCUUGACUGGAGCCAAGUUUGGUUUUAAUGGUUUGAUUUAAAAAUGUUGACUUACUUUGAGUACAAAGCAAAAGUCUGUAGGUGAUUUGUAUUUGGCCCUGAAGUCUUUGCCGUAGUACACGUUGACGUUGUCAAACUGCACAAAGCAGACCAGAUCACGCGAAGACUGAAAGAAAAUGAGUUUAUUCAGACUUGGCAGUACACAAAACAAAACAAAACAUAUCACUAACGCUGACCUUUGUCUUGCCUUUGGGUACGUAAUAAAUUCCAGAGGCUCUUAGCUGAAAAAGACGCUGCUUCCACGCCUUCUUGCCGUCUUCUUUGAGGUGAAGAACCCCCUCCAGGUCGGGCACGAUGAUAGAUGUCCCGCAGAAGUUCUCCUGUGUGGUCACAGAAGUUUAAAACGGGGCAGGAGGGUGAAAAAUAAACAUUUUUCUGUUGGAAUGACCUUUAUCAAUA